AUGCUAAACGUUAGGAUGAACAAUUCUAAGAUCACAAUAUACGUGGUUUCUUGUUGGAUUUUUGUUGCUUUUGGUGGAUUGAUGUUUGGUUAUGAUAUUGGUAUUUCUGGAGGAGUUUCUGUUAUGGACGAUUUCUUGAUUAAAUUCUUCACACAUGUUUAUCAAACAAAGUUGCAUGCUAAAGAAAAUAACUAUUGCAAAUAUGAUAAUUGGCUUCUCCAACUCUUCACUUCAUCCUUAUACAUAUCGGCUCUUUUCGUGAGUUUUUUUGCUUCAAAAGCUGCUACUAAAUUAGGAAGAAAGAUAACUAUUUUGAUCGCGUCAAUCUUUUUCAUUGUUGGAGCUGUAUUGAGUGCUGUCGCGGAGAACAAGUUGAUGCUUAUUUUUCAAAAGCCGCUACUAAAUUAG